GGGGGACGGAGAGCGCCCGAGAGCAGAGAACUGAGGGGGAUGGGGCAGGGUCCCGAGUCGGCCGCGCAAAGUUUGCGUUUCUUUCGGCUUAGAUGAGGGGGCUCUCGCUGCUCCGAGCCCCCGGCAGGAAAGGAGAAAAGCGGGCCGCCCUUUCUGGGGAACCCUUCAGUACCGAGCCGGGGGUCCCCGCUCGGCGGGGAGACCCGGGCUGGGAAAGGGAGAGGGGUGUGGAUCGGCCCUGCAUUAGGGCUGGGCUGUAGGGCUAGAUUAGAGUUUGGGUUGUAGGAUCCAAGCUGUCUUCAAAACCGGGAUUGAAGGGCCGCUGAGUAGUGCGCGCGCUGGCCAGAGCAGAGGGCUGGAGGUGAAAUCUGGAGCAGGAUUCUGAGACUUCCCAUCCUCCAUGCCGCUCACUGGAAAAGGGGCUGUGAACUGUCCUCCAUGUGAAUCAAUCCCAUGAUGCAACAUGCCUCCCCAGCCCCAGCUCUGACGAUGAUGGCCACGCAGAAUGUCCCACCCCCACCCUACCAGGACAGCCCGCAGAUGACGGCAACUGCCCAGCCACCCUCCAAGGCCCAGGCUGUCCACAUCUCUGCACCCUCAGCUGCUGCCAGCACACCUGUGCCCAGUGCCCCCAUUGACCCCCAGGCCCAGCUGGAGGCUGACAAACGAGCUGUGUACAGGCACCCUCUUUUCCCGCUCCUGACGCUGCUGUUUGAGAAAUGUGAACAGGCCACCCAGGGCUCUGAGUGCAUCACCUCCGCCAGCUUUGACGUGGACAUCGAGAACUUUGUCCACCAGCAGGAGCAGGAGCACAAACCCUUCUUCAGCGAUGACCCAGAACUGGACAAUCUGAUGGUGAAGGCAAUCCAGGUCCUGAGAAUCCACCUGCUGGAGUUGGAGAAAGUCAAUGAACUCUGCAAGGACUUUUGUAACCGUUACAUCACCUGCCUCAAAACCAAGAUGCACAGUGAUAACCUGCUCAGGAAUGACCUCGGGGGACCCUACUCCCCCAACCAGCCCUCCAUAAACCUUCACUCACAGGACCUCCUGCAGAAUUCCCCCAAUUCCAUGUCUGGAGUCUCCAAUAACCCCCAAGGGAUUGUGGUCCCAGCCUCAGCGCUCCAGCAGGGCAACAUCGCCAUGACAACCGUCAACUCACAAGUCGUGUCAGGUGGAGCCUUAUACCAACCGGUUACCAUGGUAACCUCCCAGGGUCAGGUGGUCACCCAAGCAAUCCCCCAGGGAGCCAUCCAGCUCCAGAACACGCAGGUUAACCUUGACCUCACCUCCCUCCUGGACAAUGAGGAUAAGAAGUCCAAGAACAAACGAGGAGUCUUGCCCAAGCACGCCACCAAUAUAAUGCGUUCUUGGCUCUUCCAGCAUCUCAUGCACCCCUACCCCACAGAGGAUGAGAAGAGACAGAUCGCAGCCCAGACAAACCUCACCCUUCUGCAAGUAAACAACUGGUUCAUCAAUGCCCGAAGGCGCAUCCUGCAGCCCAUGCUUGAUGCCAGCAACCCAGACCCUGCCCCCAAAGCCAAGAAGAUCAAGUCUCAGCACCGGCCCACCCAAAGAUUCUGGCCCAACUCCAUUGCUGCGGGCGUGCUGCAGCAGCAGGGUGGGGCCCCGGGGACAAACCCUGACGGUUCUAUCAACCUGGACAACCUGCAGUCCCUAUCCUCAGACAAUGCCACCAUGGCCAUGCAGCAGGCUAUGAUGGCUGCACAUGAUGACUCAUUGGAUGGGACAGAGGAAGAGGAUGAGGAUGAGAUGGAAGAGGAGGAAGAGGAGGAAGAGUUGGAGGAGGAGGCCGACGAGCUGCAGACAACGAACGUCAGCGACCUGGGCUUGGAACACAGUGACUCCCUGGAGUAGCCGGGCAGCCCGGAUGGCACUGGUCGCUGAGCAGGACAGGAGUGCCGUCAGGGGGGCUUUAGGGUGGGGGGGAGGGGGACACGGGCAGGCAGCACCGAGGAAGCUGGGCCCUGGCUUCCCCAAAUCAGCAGCUUGAAGAAAGGCAAGGGAGGCACCUGCGCCUUCCCAACCACGGAGCUUCAAUGAGCACCCAGCCCCGCUUCCUGAGGCCGCGCCGUCCAGCAGCCUGCUCGGGAGGGCAGGCUUGAGAUCUGGACUCAUCGGACCCCUGGGACAGAUGGCACCCUCGGGCUCCCCCACGGAAGGGCUUGAGUUGUUUGCAAGCCCUGCACUGUGAGGCAGGUUGGUGCUGUUCACAGAGUGAGCCCUGCCAGGGGACAGAUAGACUUAGGAGGAAAGGGACAGACAAGGCGCUCUGGGUUCCACCCCCAGAAGGCUCUCAGCUUCCGACAGACAUUCGAGGGUGGGAAGGAGCCCAAAGCAUGGCCGGAGGAGUGGGAGGGCCUGAGGCGCCUUGUCCUGCAGAUCAGGUGGAAUCUGGAUCCCUCCAGCCUCUGACUCGUCCCUCCAAGGCCCCCUCGUUGGGCACAGCAACCAUGGACUUGGGAGAGAGGGAUGGGAGCCAGCGGAGCCUCCUUCUCUCUCCCUUAGAAACAGAUUUUGGUCUGGGGAGCCCAAGUGGCAGGAGGUUAAGAGGGGUCCCUUCACCUGGGUCGGCUCCAGAAACCAAGGAGUUGGCAGUGCCUGGGCUGGGGGCCCUAUCAAGGUGGCUCUGGGGACCCCAGCUGUCCCUCGCUGGUCGCAGAACUCAGCUCCAGGCACAACAGGACAGUGGUGUCUUACCCUAGACUUUCCACCCCUCCACAGACCUGCCGAGAAGGUGCAGUCAGGGUGGCUUGGACUCCGGCUCCAUCGGCCUCCAGGCUCCCGUCAGAAACAGUGGAAAGAAUCAUCUAACCCAAUGGGAGCCAGGGGUUGGAGGAGGUGCUACACCCCUCUCCUCCCACAUCCAAAACGGGAGAGGGGACAGGCAGAGCAACGGCACCUGAGAGUGUGCAGUGCUGCCCACCCCCACCUGCCUUGCCGUCCCACACACUACGCACAGCGCCAUGGGAACUGGCUCCUGGGAGGAGGCGGCUCUCCACCACCUGCCCUAACACAACCCUCCCUCCCCAACCUCCAGCCUCCUGCACCUGGCACCCCCUCCUCCUGUUCCCUCCCACCCUGUGGCUGUGAAUGAUGAGGCUGACCACACGUGUGUUUUCCAUGGGAUUUAAUUUAAUGGACGUGCAGUUUCAUUUGUAAAUCAUGCAUUAGCCAUGUCCUCCAGUGACGGGAUGUGAGUGGCCCCCCGGCUUCCCUGGAGGGGACCCUUGGGACCCUCUGGGGAGUCCCCUCCUCUACCUGGUUGGGGAGGAGCAAAAGGACGGUCGCUUUCCUGAGGUCUCCCUGAAAUGAAUGUAUUUCUCCCCUAAAAGAGCUGAUAUUUAAUGUUUUAAUAGGGAUUUUUGAGAAACAAAUAACCUUAUUUAUAAUCUGGGUGAUUCGAUCAUUUUUUACUCCCUUUUGAUGCCAUAGGUGAAAGGAUGUCUAGCUUUUUUGGCGUGAGACUUUUGCAACGGUGCAGUGGGAUAAAACACAUUUCCUCUUCUGGCUCAGUUUUCUUGAAACACACACACACACACACACACACGCUUUGACAGGCGUCCCGCCCGGCACAGGCACACCUGCACACAGGUGCCCACGUCUCUUCUUCCCAGCCCCUCCACCUGCCGAAUGUUAUGCAACCUCCUUCUGAUGUAUCCACCAAGCCAGUACUGAAUGUGGCCGAGAAGUUUUCAGUAAAUCUUAUUACCUACCA